AAGAAAAAAAAAAUCUUGCGCUCGUUUCCCGCAUCUCUUUCUUGAGUCUUCGUCUUUGUUGAUGGAAGCUUUUUUCUCUCUCACGGGGGCGAUUAUGGAGAGAUAUUUUGAACUCCACGGCGAGAGUCGGCUGGCGAACACGCAAAGAUUUUGGAGAAUUUGAUGCGUUUCUUUCUCUUUUUCUUGUUCCUUUUGUUGCUGUUGGCGGUUAUUUUGAGAGAUUUUGUUUGGCCGAGAGAUUAUGGAGGAGGCGAAUAAUGGCUGCUCCGUUCGGAGUUUGAUCGGCUUGGUGAACGAUGUAGCUUCAAUCUCAGAUUACAGAUAUGCGGUCAGAAGGCAGUAUUGUAAUUUAGCUAGGCGGCUGAAGCUGUUGAUCCCAAUGUUCGAGGAGAUGAGGGAUAUGAAGAAGCAGGCGCUGGCGGAUGCUACCGUCACAGCUCUUGCUUCGUUGAAGGAAGCUCUGGAGUCGACCAAGGAGUUGCUUAGACUGGGGAGCGAGGGGAGCAAGAUUUAUCUGGCCCUGGAUAGAGAGCAAACUUUGAAUAAGUUUCACGAGGUGACAUCAAGACUAGAGCAAGCCCUGAAUGAAAUUUCAUAUGAUGAUCUAGACAUAUCUGAUGAAGUUAAGGAGCAGGUUGAGCUUGUUCUCUCUCAAUUCAAAAGAGCAAAAGGAAGGAUAGAUACACAAGAUGCUGAACUGUAUACUAAUCUCCACUCUCUCUAUAACAACAGCAAAGAUUCUGCUACUGAUCCUUCUGUCUUGAAGGAAUUGGCUGAAAAGUUGCAGCUAAUGGAUAUAGCUGAUCUUACUCAAGAGUCUCUUGCUUUACAUGAAAUGGUUUCGGCUAGUGAUGGAGAUCCAGGGGGGAGAUUUGAGAAAAUGUCAACACUGUUGAAGAAAAUAAAAGAUUUUGUGCUAACUGAAAACCCUGAAAUUGGUGCUCCUUCAAAACAACAAAGUCAUACUCGCACUGGUGGACAAGCAACUGCUGAGAAGAAAGAUAUAACGUCCCUUCUCAUACCUGAAGACUUUCGGUGCCCCAUAUCCCUAGAGUUGAUGAUAGAUCCCGUCAUUGUCUCCACAGGACAGACCUAUGAACGUUCUUACAUUGAGAAGUGGCUGGAAGCAGGGCAAUCAACAUGCCCUAAAACUCAACAAGUCCUCACCAGCAAAAUUAUUACACCAAAUUAUGUUUUACGUAGUCUCAUAGCUCAAUGGUGCGAGGCCAAUGGGGUUGAACCACCAAAACGAACCAGCAGUUCUCAGCCCAAUGAACUCUUGUCUCCUUCCGAACGCUGUAGGUAUGAAACUCUACUCCACAAACUCACAUCAGGUAACAUUGAAGACAAGCGAUCGGCUGCUGGUGAGAUCCGCCUCCUUGCGAAACGCAAUGCAAAUAAUCGCGUGGCCAUUGCUGAAGCUGGUGCAAUUCCUCACCUUGUCGGCCUCCUUUCAACAACAGACCCCCUCACUCAAGAACAUGUUGUGACAGCAUUGCUCAACCUUUCAAUUUGUGACAAUAAUAAGAGAAGUAUCAUGUCCUGUAGGGCAGUGCCUGGCAUAGUCCAUGUGCUGAAGUUGGGGAGUAUGGAAGCACGUGAAAAUGCUGCNNNAACCCUUUUCAGCCUCUCUGUCGUGGACGAAUAUAAAGUAACGAUUGGCGCGUCGGGAGCCAUUCCACCACUCAUCACACUGCUCAGUGAAGGUACUCAAAGGGGGAAGAAGGACGCCGCAACCGCUCUUUUCAACUUGUGUUUCUUCCAAGGGAACAAGGUAAAGGCAGUAAGAGGUGGUGUGGUUUCCAUACUGAUGCAGCUGCUGACAGAAUCUAGAAUAGGCAUGGUAGAUGAGGCCCUGGCAAUUCUAGCCAUACUGGCCAGCAAUUCCGAAGCGCGGGCUGCCAUCGGAGCUGCUGAAGCUGUCCCCGUUUUAAUCAAUUUCAUCGCUGCUGCAUCCCCUAGGAACAGAGAGAAUGCAGCUGCAGUUCUGGUUCAUCUCUGCGCGGCAGACAAGCGACAUCUCGUGGAGGCAACCGAGCUUGGAGUGAUUAAUUUGCUUAUAGAUUUGGCAGAAAAUGGGACAGACAGAGGUAAGCGAAAAGCAACACAAUUGCUUGACCAAAUAAACAGGUUCAUGGAGCGGCAGAAAGAGGCUGAGGCUCAAUCUCAGACCCAACUAUUGCUGCCUCCGCCUUCUGCAAUCGGCAACGUUGAAAGUUGACCAGGUUCUUUUUUUCCUAUUGUCUUCACAUAUUGUUGAAUUUCUUUCUUUCGUUCUUUUAUCAUACACAUCGAAGGAGUGAGCUCUGCUUGUUCAUGGAGGUGGAAGAAUAUUAGCAGUCAAAUUGAUCUGUAAAUUACAAAUUUCUUGUUUUAAUUUGUGUGAGACCAACCUCAACUUGAAAAGACGAAUAUGAACCUAGUGAACCGAUAUUCAUCCUCAAUUUGAAUGAAGAGAUGGUUGUAAUUAAGAUGGGAAAGAAAAAAUUAGUAUUCCCAUAUUUA